ACCAAUAGGACGAAGGCAGUGAAUUUAAAAACGUGCCGCGAGCCUCGUCAAACAAGUUUCAUACCAAAACAACCUCAUGACCGAGACGCCACGGAGCCAACGGCACAACUGAACAUCUGAUUCAGAAAAAAUGGCCAACAUAAUCUUUGCAGAGCAAGAAAAUGCACGUCUUCAUGCACCUUCCAUUAAGAUGCGACAGCGACUUCAGUCAGCACCGGAGAAACUUUUGAAAUCUCCUGUGACUGCCAAAACCUUUGCCACUCCUCUACCAUCUGGCCGGAAGGCUUUUGGUACUGUCAACAAAAAAAUCUCAACGCCAGCAGUCAACCCACAAGAGAAAAAACUUCUAAAACCACAGGAAACCAAAGUCAAACAGGCUCUUCAGACCAAAGUGGAGGAAUAUCCAGAAAUUGAAAAGUUUAUUCCCUAUGACCCAUUAGAGUUUGAGAAGUACAGCAUUUCUGAAGAUUUGAUUCCUCUCAGUGGCUUCGCUCUACCUGGACUGGCUUGUUUCCCACAAACUCCACAUCCACACAUAGAUGACCUGAAACCGAUUGAUCCACUUCCAAACCUGUCACCUGUAAAGAUGCCAGAUUUUCCAGAUUGCCGCUCGGAGCUUGACGCCUUUCUGCAAACCCUUGAUGAGCUGACUGUGGAACUUCCUCCAGAGCCUGACACUGAUUGAAUGUUUAAUGCAUGUUUUGUUGUUUUUAAUGACUGUUUUUACUGAAAUAAAGUUUUAUCUUUCA